AUGAGCCUAAUGGAUAUCAACAAAAUGUUCUCCAUGCUCCAGCCCAGAGAUGAUGAGGAAGACAACAGAGAGAGCGAGGAGCUGAGCCGAGUGGUGUCUGAGGACAAUUAUGAAACUCUAGAUAAGCUCUUGUCACAAGACAAGUACAAGAGGCUCAUCAACCGCAGGAGUGGGUGGGGUGUCCCCAGCACCCCCCUGCGCCUGGCCGCCACGUGGGGCUGCGUCAGGAGCCUCAAGGUGCUCCUGGCCCACGGGGCGGAGGUGGACAGCCUGGAUGUGAAGGCUCAAACCCCACUCUUUGUGGCAGUCAGCAAGGGCCACCAGGAGUGUGUGAAGGUCCUCCUGGAUGCGGGGGCCAACCCUGUUGGCAGCAUCUACAACAACUGCUCACCGCUGCUCAUUGCCGCACGCGAUGGCAACGUGGACAUCCUGCAGCAGCUCCUGGACCACGGUGCGGAAGUCAACGUCCAGGCCAGGCUGCCUGAGUGGGCGGCCAACUCGGUGGCCUGCUCAGGUCCCCUCUACCUGGCUGCUGUGUAUGGGCACCUGGAGUGCUUUAGGAUGCUGCUGCUUUAUGGCGCCGACCCCAACUACAACUGCACGGAGGAGAGUGUGAUUGCCCAGAUCAAGGAACCCAAGACUCUGCUGGAGACGUGCCUGAGGCAUGGCUGCCGGAACGAGUUCAUCAAGCUGCUCAUUGACUUUGGAGCCAAUGUGUACUUGCCCAACAUCAUGGUGGAUGAGACAGCACCACACAGCGAAGGGCUGAAGCUGCUGCUGCAGGCAAGAGCUCAUCCCAAGUCCCUGCUGUCGCAGUCCCGGCUGGCCAUGAGGCGUCUCCUGAGGCAUUCCAGCCAUGCUCCUGCCCCCAGCGAGCUGCAGAUCCCCACAGUCCUGGUAAACUACCUCCAGCACCGACCGUGA